CACUAUCGGUGUCUAGCGCUCCGAUGGGUUUUGUCUAAUUUUUUUUUUUCGACGGGCUUGCAGACGACAUCGAUGAUUUGAACAAUCAAACUGCUUCAUCGCCGCAACCACAGACAAGAUGAGACCUUUGACAGAGCAAGAAACAAAAACCCUCUUCGAGAAGCUCGCCAACUACACCGGCAGCUCUCUCAAGAACCUCAUUGCGCCGCUCGACGACUCGCCCAACUCCGACCGCUACGUCUUUCGCAUGCAGAAGAACAGAGUCUUCUACGUCUUGCUCUCUGUCGCCAACCUUGCUACAUCCAUCUCUAGAGAUAACCUGCUGUCUCUCGGAACCUGCCUUGGCAAGUUCACCAAGACUGGCAAAUUCCGACUGCACAUUACCGCCCUCCCCAUCCUCUCCGAACACGCCCGAUGGAAGGUCUGGAUUAAGAGCAACGGUGAAAUGCCGUUCCUCUACGGUGGAAACGUUGUCAAGGCGCACAUUGGACGCUGGUCCGACGACUGCCCCGAGCACCAGGGCGUUAUUGUCUACAACAUGAACGAUACCCCUCUUGGCUUUGGUGUCUCAAGCCGCAGCACUGCUGAGGCCAGACGCCUGGAUCCUACCGGUAUCACCGUCUUUAGACAAGCCGACUGUGGAGAAUUCCUCCGAGACGAAGACAACCUCUUUGCUACUGGUUAAGUAGACCGUCGGGUUGUUGGCUUUCCGUUCGUGGUUGUGCCCCGAAGUAGAGAGGCAUAAGCCAAGAAUUUGAUGCGAUAUGCAUGUCAAUUUUUUUUACUUGGGUUUUCACGCUGGCGUUUAGGGGUUCCAAAAAACUUUUGUUUAUAGUAGAUGAAUACAAUCAAAAUGUAUAUGCAAUCUGAUAUCUAUCGAGUAUCAUACCGUCUCAACGCCAACUCCUAAAGAAAUCCAUGUAUGCAACGCUAAUAUCAUUUAAACAGGGACUGCCAUCUCCAACACAGGAGAGGCAGGACGGCUCUGGCUGUUAAAGAAGCCAAUAUGCGAGCGGUGGGCAACAUAUUCGCUGUCAGCGUAGCCCAAGAUGCCCUCAAUGUCGGUGCUCUGGUGGCCCAUGAUGCGCACGAUUUCUUGCGCCGCAUAAUUGACAAUGCAGCGGCCAACCUCUUCAGGCUCGCCGUCCCACAUCUUGCCAUUUGGUCCAGGCGUCUUGCGGCGGUUGACAACCACAAUUCUCACAGCUUCGUGUGGAGCAAAGUGGCCAUCGACAUCAAGAAUACCAACAGGGAGCAAACCGGCCUUGCCAAGCAGGGCCUUGUAAGCUCCACCGUCAAUGUAAAUGCUGCCAUGAGGGUUGGGAGUGUGCAACAGCCAGAAUUGGCGAUCGCGGAUGGGCUCAUUUGAGGGUAGGAAGCGGGUGUGUAGAGGGGGCCCAGUGGUAGGCACGUGCUUUGCGACGGGGGAGAUGAGGCUGAGAGAGGAUGUGCGGGAGAGGAUCUCGCCGUCUUCAUCUGCAAUGACAGACGAGCGAGGGGAACUGUAGAGGUACUGGACAAUGCCCAGGAUGUUGCCGGGAUUUGAAGAGCGGGUGAUGAUGGUUGUGACACCGGCAGAUGUUCCUAGUCUAGCGGCAAUAAUCUUGGUGCUCAUGCCACCAGUACCAAGA